UUUUCGUGAUUUUUACGUGGUAAUAACGUGAUUUUUUUCAGUAGGAAAUGUAUUGGCAGCAGUUUUUUAUUGCUUUGCAUUGUUCAUUUUUAACAGGGUACGGACUUUAAAUAAUUGCAAAGAAAGAAGUGAAACUAAGAAACUGUCUUUUUCCAAAGUAUUCAAAUAUUUAGGAAGUAUAUUUGAAUAUAAAGUUUGCAAAUCACAUGGGACUCGGUUAAAGGCAAUUAAAUUGACAUAAAGCUUGAUAAAAAUCAGUAUACAGAUAUAUAUAUAAUAGAAGAAAACUUGUAAUGCUUAUAUUAUAUGCUACAGAUCAGCUGAAAUUUCAAUGUUUCUUAGCUCGCAUAGCCUAACACAAUAGGCAAAAUUAUACGAUACACUUGAACACUUUUGAAAUUAAUAUAGGUAAUCUUCAAUAUUCAAUUAACUUUUCAUUGAAUUUUUAAAUUAUUUGAAAUCUAUUACAACAGCUAUACAUUUUGUUGUAACAUCUAUCUAUAUAGUUCAUACUAUGAAUGAUGAAACUCUUUCUACACGCUGCACUAUUGGACAUCAAACAAAUUGUGCACAUAAAUACUGUUGAGAAUAAGCGAGCAGAAUUCGAGCGACUGCAGAGAGCACGAUGGGACUGUUCUUCCCCCUCUCCCCGUCGAACUACGGCCAGCGUCGACAUCGCGGCUACGGCGGCGGAGCUCACUUCUCUGUGUGUUCUCAUGUGAGAAAGACGCGUUCGCGAUACGAUUGCAUCUACAUAGUUCCUUUGUUUGUUAGUUCGAUUUAUAGUUCAUUACUUGGGUUAAGCAAGCUCGAGUUAAUUUUAAGUCCGAUUAAAAAUUAUAGUGAAACAGUUAACUGACUAGCUUGAAUUUAACAGACAAGAAAAUCCUGCAGUUUUUUCUGCUGCUCCAGGACCAGGAGCUGGAAAUUUCAGAACUGUAUCCCGAUGACUCCUUUUAUCCAGAGUUGGAUAUUGAUGGGAACAUCUACAUAAUGACGUUAAGUGGUAAAAGAUUCGAUUUAGAUAACUCUCUCGUCGAGGAACGUUUACUGGAAUCCGUGAAGAAGGAGAUCAAAAGGAUUCGAGCUGAAGAGGUGGCUCCAGCUGAAACGGUUGACCCAAGCCAACGUGGGAAUACCUUGUCCCCAAAGCUGGAUGUUAUUACUGUAACUGCUGACGGUGGGCCGGCCUAUAAGUUCGAUGAAGGGAAAGAACAAAAGUCCGAUUUUGUGGAUAAUGACAGCUGGAAAAUUAAGUUUGAGAAAAGCUUGAAAGGGGUAACGGCUAAGCUGGAUAAAUUAGAAAAAGAAAACAAAGAAUUGAAAGGGAAAAUCGAAAGUGAGUGCAAUCGAGUACACGAUGACGUAGUCACCGAAUUGAUCAGGCACAAAUAUGCAGUGGAUGAGAGGUACAGCUGGAUGGAGGAAAAAGUACAGUAUUGGGCAGAACAAGAUCGACUGUACGAGGAAGAACAGAUUUUAUCAGCUGGAAAAUCUGCACAAAACAACUAUCGAUCAUCGAAUCAAAACGCUGCAAAUGAAGUAGUUACAAAACCUCAUGAAACAGCUCGAAUUGGAUCAAUCGAAUCAGCUGAAAAGACUACAGAAGCUGGAGCAAAAGCAUAUUACGUGUCUGAUCCUGCGGCGCUUUGUUACAAAUGCGGUAACAAGGGGCACCAUCAGGACGAAUGCACAAGGUCAGGGAAGAUGUGCUUCAGAUGCAAGAGGUACAAAGGGCAUGUCCGUGCAAACUGCCCAUACACGGAGAGUCAGUUGGAAAAGGUUUUGAAGGAGAAUGAAAGUCAAAGAAGACGCUAAUAUGGACGUAAUGAUGAACGACGUCGCUGAAAUCUGCUCGGGAGGGAGUGUUGAGAAUGAGCGAGCAGAAUUCGAGCGACUGUUCUUCCCUCUCUCCCCAUCGAACUACGGUCAGCGUCGACGUCGCGGCUGCGGCGGCGGCGCUCACUUCUCUGUCUGUUCUCAUGCGAGAAAGACGCUUUCGCGAUACGAUUGCAUCUACAUAGUUCCUUUGUUUGUUAGUUCGAUUUAUAGUUCAUUACUUGUGUUAAGUAAGCUCGAGGGUAAGCUCCAAUUAAUAAAGUGUUUUAUAUGAAAA